UUUGGUGUUGAUGCAGUUCAGUCAGUGUCAGUGAUGGAGGGAGACUCUGUCUCUCUAAAUGUGACUGAUGUACAGACGGAUGAUGAGAUCGAGUGGAGGUUUGGAGGAAUCCUCAUUGCUGAAAUCAACAGAAAGAACAAAAAGAGCACAUUUUAUAAUGAUAGUGCUGAUGGGAGAUUCAGAGACAGACUGAAACUGGAUCAGACUGGAUCUCUGAUCAUCACAAACACCAGAACCACAGACUCUGGACUUUAUAAAGUCACCAGCAGCACAAGAAAUACUCUGCUCAACACAUUUAAUCUUACAGUCUAUGCUCAUCUUCCAGCUCCAGUCAUCAGCAACAUCUCUUCACAAUCUUCAUCAUGUUGUUCAUUGUUGUGUUCAGCUGUGAAUGUGGGUCAUGUGACUCUCUCCUGGUACAAAGGAAACAGUUUAUUGUCCAGCAUCAGUGUGUCUGAUCUCAGCAUCAGUCUCUCUCUUCCUCUGGAGGUGGAAUAUCAGGAGAACAACAUCUACAGCUGUGUGAUCAACAAUCCCAUCACAAACCAGACCACACAUCUGGACAUCUGUGAACAUUGUCAGCUACAUCCAGGUACUUCAGUAAUGAUAUUUGCUUAUUUGUCUUAAACUGGGGCCUGUUUUCACAGUUUAAUUGUUGUAGUGCAAUUUGGAGAAAUUUACUGCAACUGUCCAUUUCAUUCAUUCAUGUUGGUACAACACCACAGGACUGUCCUUAAUGAUGUUAAGCAGGUGUUGGAGUAAUAGAUUUAGCCAAAUAAUUGAUUUAAGGUCAAAAUAAUGGGCAAUAGAAAGUAGUUUAGUUUACAAGUUCUAUGUAAUACAAGCAGUCGGCAGCUUUCUUAACAACAGGCUCUGAUCUCACAUGGAUAGCCACAGGGGCAAGUAAAAAUCCUGGAGAGGCACACUAUAGACCACAUUUACAUUGUAGAUCUCUUUUUUCCUGAUAACCAGCUUACAUCUUUUAAAAGUGACCCAUAUCCAAUAUCUGCAUUUGCACUGUACACUUGGUUAAACAACUCAGGGUAGACAUACUGACAGCUUGCCAGGUCUGUAAAACAAAACCACAAACAAUUAAAUAUAACAACUAAAUUAAAAUGACAUAUGACUUGGAUAGAAAUAUUGCAUAACAAAAUGAUCCUGAGAGACAAGCACUUCAAUGAAUACACAUCCAAACCUUAAACAUGUCUUUUAAACGUGAAUCUCAUCAAGAUGUUGACCACUGGAGUGAAAAAAAUAAAUAAAUAAAUUGAGUGUGAGAUGAGAAGCUGAUAAGAAAAAAACAAAACUGAGCACAGUCACACGGUUUCAAAAAUAAAUGUGUCAGUUUCUGUUCCUCCCUUCUCUGAGUCUGAUAUAUAUAUUAGUAUGUUUUUGCAUACGUGAUGUUGAACCACAGGAGUUUUCCUGAAUGUAUUGAUCUACAGAUGUUUGGCCUGAUCAAGUAUCUCCAUUGUGUUCAGCUCUUGAAUCAGAUUCAGGUCUCUCGUUUGCUUCAGACAAAGACUUCACAUACACAAAGACAUGCUCGAAAUCACCCCCAUAUACAGUACCCUCAUUCACUAUUCCCUACUUUAGUCCACUAACAUAGCCCACUAAAAGAAG